AAAUAUAAUCGAUCAAGGUCAUGUCACUUAUUUCGUGAUAAUUGUAAUAUCAUGCAUUAUAAAUCAAAGUUACGUAUUCUUUGGAGGAAUUAUAGUUUGCUUAACUUUUUCUAUGAAAUCAGGACCUACUCGAGAGUCAUGUAGUGAACAAUAACGUGUGCUCUUAUGUCAAUAACAUAUUUCGUUCAGAAUCUUGUAUCGAAUGGCCGCCUGUCAGCUGUACAAGUACUUUGGUUGGGAAGCUGUCAAAUGGUGAAUAGCAAAGCAGGAGCGGUAGUGAGAAUAAUUUCUAAUAAAUAUGUCUUUUUAUUCGCAAUAUCAAAGUAAUAGGUAAUCGCUGCACCUAGCCAUAAGCCUUAGCGUAAAUACAAACCUUAACCAAUACCGGCAUCGUCGUAAAAUGAGUUCGAGAGAUAGGUCGCUUCAAGACAAGUUGAAAGUGCUCUUCAAAAAGGGUGCCUCAGCGCCGCUGCCAGCCCGGAACGAGCUGGUGGUGAGCGGGGAGCUGGAGCGCGAGCUGGGCGCAGACACGCCGCUGAGCCGCCGCCUGCGCGCGCUCAAGGAUGUCGGCGAGAAGGUCAUACACGUCCGGGUACAGGAGGGUGGAGUAGAGAAGCUUUGGUCUUUAACAAGAGAUCUUUUAGAAGAAAGUAAUGUGGAGGCUCGGCACCUGGCGCUGUGGUUCCUUCGGUGUUUGGCUGAAGGCCAGGCAGACUACCUCACCAUCAUGCGUACCAUCCUGUUUCACUACCUGCGUGACACACAUGCUAAACAUUCCCCAGAGGACACACAACUGCGCUUCAAGUUGCUCCACACAUUGACUAACUCUGGGAAAAACAUCAACUGUUUUGAAGAGCAGAUUGGUCCGUUCCUACUAGAGUGGCUGCCACAGAUCCAGCCGCCCACACAGUUGGUGGAGUUCCUGCAGCUCAUCAUCAAUGUCGUCAAGUUUAAUGCUACAUACUUGGACGAACAGAUUGUCCAUGGGAUUGUUGACAACGCGUGCCAGCUGUGCGUGUACAGCGCGGAGGUGUCGGUGGUCCAGUGCGGGCUGUCGCUGCUGGAGGCCGUCGUGUCGUACUCGCUGCUGCCGCGCGCCGCGCUGCGCACCUUCGUGAGCGCGCUGUGCCGCACCGUCAACCUGGAGCACUACUGCCAGAACAGCUGGAAGCUCAUGCGCUACGUGGUGGGCGCCGACAUGGGCCACGCGGCGCUGCAGGAGAUGGUGGCCAUCCUGCGCGGCGGCGGCGCGGGCGCGGGCGCGGAGGGCGCGGCCGGCCUGCUGCGCGGCGCCGUCUUCUACAUCAACAUGGCGCUGUGGGGGCCGCGCCGCGUGCCCACGCUCAAGGUCUCCUUCCUGGCCGUGCUGCCGGCCUUCCUCAAGGCGCUGGAGGGAAACCAGCAGGUGGUGACGUACGAGGUGGUGGUGAGCAUGCAGAGCGUGGUGUCGCGGGUGCCGCUGGAGCUGUGCGAGCCCGCCUGGGACGUGCUGCUCAACAUCCUGCGCGCCAUCGUGCAACAAGACAAGAACUAUUCCCCUCCGAACGAGUUGAUCCACAACCGGCUGCAUGCGCUGAUCACGUCCAUCGAGCAGCUGCACGACGCGGGCCAGUACUACGGCGACGUGGACGCGCUUCUCGACCUUGUGGACUUCUGCGGACACGAUCGUCCUGAGGCGUCCACGAAGCGGCUGGUGACGGCGCGCGCGGCGGCGCUGUCGCCCACGGGCGCGGCCUGGGUGCCCGCCGCGCUGGCGCUGGCCGAGCGCUACCUGCGCCACGAGCCGCGCCGGGCCGUGCGCCUGCACACGCUGCACGCCAUCCUCGCCUUCGUGCGGCGGAACAGGUAUCUGUACGGCGAGGAGCUCAUCGAGCUGGUGGGGAUCCCGGUGCUGAACACGUGCGCGCUCGACGCCGAGUGCAACCUGCGAGAGGCGGCGGCGGUGGCGCUCACUCACUUGGCGAAGGCUUCCACCUCAGACGCGUGUACGGAUCUCAUAGACCUGCUAGAAAAGAUUCUGAACCGUCCUUUCGAGAUGUACGUGACGGACGUGCCGAUCCCGGCGGACGCGGACGUGAAGGACCUGCUGCAGGCGGCGAGCGGGCUGCUGGAGCUGCUCCACCACAAGCUGCUGGCCGCGCCCGCCUCGCACGCCGCGCGCUGCUUCCUCGUGCUGCUGGACCACCUCGACAACCACUACAAGCGCCACGCCUUCUUCAUGCACCACCCCGACAUACGGAUAAAGAUCUUCGACAUGCUGUUCGGGCUGCGCGCCAACCAGUUCAACUGCGUGGGCUUCUGCUACGACGCGGCGGGCGCGGCCGUGGCGGGCGCGGCGGCGCUGCGCCUGCGGCCGGCCUGCUCGCCCUUCCUGCUGGCCGAGCCGCCGGCCGCGCGCGGGCUGGCGGCGGCCGCGCCCGCGCCGCUGCCGCCGGGCGCCUGCCUGCUGCCCGUGGGCCGCGCCGCGCGCCUGCUGUCCGCCGCGCUCACCCGCGAGAAGGACUGGCUGGUGCUGGGCCGCGUGCUGCGCGCGCUGCCCGCGCUGCUGCAGGCGCGCGCGCUGGCGCUGGGCCGCCGCGCGCAGGACCUGGACAUGCUGGCCUCCACGCUCUGCUCCAUGAUCUCGGACCGCAGCCUGAACUUCCCGGAGUGCCUGCGCGUGAGCGGCGGCCAGAAGCUGCUGGUGUCGGAGUUCCACAGCGUGGCGCUGCCGGGGCUGGCGUGGAUGGCGCCCUACCACUCGUACCUGGAGCCGCAGACGCAGCAGCGCAUCGUCCGCUGCCUGCUCAAGUAUGGCAUGGUUCUUCGCACACCGCAGCCGUACAUCAACGCGCUCACGAUCUACACGCUAGAAACGCGGGAGACGAUGGUGAAGAUGUUGCCGGAGGUGCUGCUCGACCUGUCCAAGAUAUCAGACACUAAGGCCAUUGCCAGCCCCAUGCUGGAGUUCUUGUCCACGCUGACGCGGCUGCCGAAGGUGUUCGCGUCGUUCGUGGAGGACCAGUACAUGUCGGUGUUCGCCAUCCUGCUGCCCUACACCAACCCGUCGCGCUACAACCACUACGUGGUGUCGCUGGCGCACCACGUCAUCGCCGCCUGGUUCCUCAAGUGCCGCCUCUCCUACCGCAGGAACUUCGUGCGGUUCAUCAUACACGGUUUACACAACUACAUAAUAAUGCCGUUUGAGGAACAGCUGCAGUACAAGACGAAUCACUUCCAACACGCUGCUAACGAGGACUCGUCCAACAGACAGCGCAGUUCCAGUUUGGGGUCGCGGGCGGUCCCGCGCGCGCCGCUGGGCGGGCGCGGGCCGGGCUCGGCCUCGGCCUCGGCCAUCGCCGCCUUCCACGUGGAGCUCACCGAGACCUGCCUGGACCUGCUGGCGCGCUACACGUCCACGCCCUGCAGCGUCAAGCCGCACCGGAGCGACACGGCUGAAUUCCUAUUCAACGGCGGCCAGUCGAUGACGUGGCUGGUGGGACACAAGUUGAUAACCAUCACCACGUCGGGCUGCUUGCAGAACUCCAUCAAGCAGGGAUUGUGUGAUAGAUGCGCAGUCCUGUGCAAGCAGCACGCGGACAGCGUGUCGUCGCCGCUGCCGCCGCUCAGCGUGCCCUCCGACCCGCCGCCCACUGUACAAGUAAACGACGGAUCCAGUGAAAACCUAACCAACUCGUCGUACAACCAGUUGCAUGUGCAGCCGCCGCCGGGCAACCCGCCCGAAGUGAAGCGACAAAACUCAUCAGAGAACAACAAGACGAACGACCCUCUCGUAGCAGUUCUGAACCAGUUCUCGCAGCACUUCGAAAGAGUUUCAAAAGAAGUGGACACGGAGGAGGCGGGCUGGUCGCGCGUGGGUGAGCUGGCGGCGGCCGGCGCGUGUCCCUGCUGGUGCGCCAGCUGGGCCGAGGUCCACGUGCGCUCGCCCACCGGCGACGUGUGCUGGGUCAUGCGCAUGCAGAACGCCAUGAGCUGGGACUACCUGCUGGACGAGCCGCUGCAGGACGUGGCGGCGCUGCUGGCGCCCGGCCCGCGCGCGCCCCCGCCGGGGCCCGACGCCGGGCAGGGCGCGCGCGGGCCCCCGCCGGGCCCCGACGCCGAGCCGCGCCCCCGCAGCGGCUCCUCCUCCUCGCAGCCGCGCCCCGCGCCGCUGCACUCGCAGGACCUGCACAAGUCUAGUUCGGACUCGGUAGUGGGCAGCGAGAGAAAGUUCCAGAACUCAGCGUUACACAGCAUGAUGCAGCCUCAAAGUGCUACGAGCGCUACGGGCGCUACGGGCGCGCGCGCGGUCACGCAGCCCAUCAACAUCCCCGGCUCGCCGCAGCGGCAGAGCUCCUCCAGCACCACGGACGACGACGACAUGCUGCUCAUCGUGCCCGACGCGGGCAAGUCCCGGCACCCGGUGCGCCGCUCCAACUCGUCCCCCGAGAUGUCGUCCUCGUGGAAGGCGGGAGCGGCGCGCGCGCCCCCGCCCGCGCCCCCCGCGCCCGCGCCCCCGCCCGACCUGCCGCCGCUGCUGCCCGACGACAUGAUCCUGUUGCCGAGCUGCGAGCCCACCGGCAACAGCGGCAACAGCGGCGCGGGCAGCAGCUCUGCGCUGUCGCUGCACGCCAGCAAGAAGGCCAAGAAGAGCGACAUGCGCGUGUCGUGCGAGGCCAUCCCCGAGGAGAUGAGCGGCACCUCGCCGCACCACCCCGGCCUCAUGACGUACAACUCCGACCCCGCUAUAAGAGCGCGCGCGUGUGCAGGCUCGGGCGAGGCCGCGCUGCCGCCCGCGCUGCACAACCACCACCACCAGCUGCAGAAGACGGCGAGCGACGGCACGGUCCCGGAGGGGCGCGCCAGCAAGCCGCCGGCCGCGCCGCGCCUGGCGGGGGGCGCGGGCGGGGGCGCGCCCGCCGAGCGCGACGACCUGCCGCCGCUGUCGCGCUCCAAGCGCUCCAACACCAUCUCCGUCAUGAGCCCCACGCGCCGCCACAGUAUGUACGCGGGCAGGGCCGCGGCGGGAGUGGGCGGGGCCAGCUCGGCGGGCGGAACAGUGGGCGGCGGCGGGGGCGGGGUCACGCCCGCCUUCGUGUUCCUGCAGCUCUACCACAACAUGAGCACGUACCCCAUCACUCCGCCGGUGCCAGGCGAGACCCCGACCAUCCUGAACCCGCUGGCGGAGCGGCCGCUGCGCGUGUCGGGCGUGCAGCACGAGCGCACCGUCAAGAACCUCGACCUCGUGCCGCCCAUCGAGACCUACAAGAUCGGUGUGUUGUACGUGGGCCCGGGUCAGCAAGACAACGAAGUUUUAAUAUUGAAGAAUGAAUACGGCAGCGUGAGGUACGCGGAGUUCCUGACGCAGCUGGGCACGCUGGUGUCGCUGGAGGGCGGCGACACGGACGAGCAGCCGCACCUGUUCCUCAACCUGGAGAAGGGUGGCAAGGACGGUCACUACACCUACGUGUGGAACGACGACAUCAUGCAGGUGUUGUUCCACGUGGCGACGGCGAUGCCCUCCUCGCCCAAGGACCCGACGUGCAACGAGAAGCGCAAGUACAUCGGCAACGACUACGUGUCCAUCGUGUACAACGACUCCGGCGCCGACUUCAACAUACACACCAUCAAGGGCCAGUUGAACUUCUGCAUCGUGGUGGUGGAGCCGUACGAGUACGGCAUGAACCGCGUGUUCAUCAAGACCAAGGACGAGCUCAUCCGGAGCAAGUUCCUGGCGCACCUCGACAUGCACUGCGUGUCCGACUGCAACGUGGCGCUGCUGGCCCGCCAGAUGGCGCUGCACUGCGCGCUGGCGUCGCACAUCUCGCAGUCGCUGAAGCUGGGCGGCGCGCCGUACGCGUCCAACUCGCUGGAGCGGCUGCGGCUCAUCAAGCGGCUGCGCGUGCGGGCCGCGGCCGCGCGCCUGGCCGCCGCCGCGCGCGCGCCCGAGCCCUACGCCGGCCCGCCCGACCUGGCGCACCGCGUGGCCAUCGACGACUUCAACGACUACACCUAGCGCGGCCCCGCGCCCCGGCCCCGCGCCCC